CCGAAGGUCACACGCUGCGCUGGAAGAUGGCGGCGGUCGGCGGCUGCCGGAAAUGCCUCAUCAACGGCAUAUGGCUGAUAUCCAGAAAAUACCCAGUUCCUGCAGUCCCAAGGGGUACAGUGUAUGGCAUGAGCCUGCCUGGUUUAGAGACCCAUCAGUCUAGAUGCUACUCUUCGGGAGGAAGAAAGGGUUUUAUAUCAGGGUUUGUGGAGAACAUCAAACAGGAAUUAGCGAAAAACAAGGAGAUGAAAGAAAGCAUUAAGAAAUUCCGAGACGAAGCUAAAAAGCUGGAAGAAUCUGAUGCUCUUCGAGAAGCAAGGAGGAAAUAUAAAACCAUUGAAUCUGAAACAGUGAAGACCUCAGAAGUGAUUAGAAGGAAACUUGGAGAAAUAACUGGGACAGUGAAAGAGAGUUUGGAUGAAGUCACUAAGAGUGAUAUUGGCCGGAAGAUAAAGGAAGGUAUGGAAGGAGCAGCAAAAACAGCAAAGCAGUCUGCAGAGUCAGUGACAAAAGGAGGGGAGAAGCUGGGCAGGACAGCAGCCUUCAAAGCUAUUUCUCAGGGAGUAGAAACAGUCAAGAAGGAAAUAGAUGAAAGUGUUUUAGGACAGACUGGUCCUUACAAACGUCCGGAGCGCCUACGGAAAAGAACAGAGUUCUUAGGAGAGAGUAUUAAAGAGGAGCGAAUAUUUGAGGCUAAUGAGGAGGCCAUGGGUGUGGUGCUGCACAAAGACUCAAAAUGGUAUCAGCAGUGGAAAGAUUUCAAGGACAACAACGUGGUCUUCAAUAGGUUCUUUGAGAUGAAGAUGAAGUAUGAUGAGAGCGAUAACGCGUUCAUUCGAGCUUCCAGAGCCGUCACAGACAAAGUCACAGACUUAAUAGGUGGAUUGUUCUCAAAGACAGAAAUGUCAGAGGUUUUGACAGAGAUACUCAAAGUGGAUCCAUCCUUUGACAAAGACCGGUUCUUAAAGCAGUGCCAGUUUGAUAUAAUCCCCAAUGUCCUAGAGUCUAUGAUGUCUGGAGAACUUGAUAUCCUCAAAGAUUGGUGCUAUGAAGCGACUUACAGUCAGCUUGCUCAUCCCAUCCAGCAAGCCAAAGCCAUGGGGCUCCAGUUCCACUCCAGGAUUCUCGACAUUGACAACAUUGAUCUGGCCAUGGGGAAGAUGAUGGAGCAGGGACCAGUUUUAAUCAUCACUUUCCAGGCUCAGGUCGUGUUGGUAAUUAAGAACCAGAAAGGGGAAGUGGUGGAAGGUGAUCCGGACAAGGUGCUGCGGAUGCUGUACGUGUGGGCACUCUGCAGAGACCAGGACGAGCUCAACCCCUAUGCUGCAUGGAGGCUACUGGACAUUUCCUCAUCGAGCACUGAGCAGGUUCUCUGAGGACAGCUGCACCCAGGGGCUUCCUGUACCUCUCUGGAAGUGGCUCCAUCUCUGCACUCGCACCCGGCUGCUGGGGGAUGGACUGUGGAUGAGGGAAAGAGGCUGGACUGGUUCCUUUGGCAAGAGGGGUCUGUUCUGUGUGCCCUCAUUGUGCCAAUCCCAGUCAUGAACUGAAUGAGUACCUGCCUUCUGCUUUGCUGUGGCACUGUAAGGGUGCAGGGAGAUUGGCAGUGAAAGGUCUGAGACACGAGCAGCUGCUGUUGGCUCCUUUUUUAACCGUGGCUGAAGGAGGCUGCUUGACUCCUGUGUUUCCUAGUGAUGCACAGAGGGGGGUAUUGGAGAGUGAGAUGUGCCAGGUCUAAUUCCCAUCUACUGUCAUCUUCUGGUGGCCUCAAAGCAUCCCACUGAAGUUCUCAGGGGUGCUUUUAAGGGACAUUGGUCAUGGCUAACUCUUCUGGAGUCACACCAAGAAGCCUUCUCAUGCUGCAGUGUCUUGCACUUUACCAAACCAAAUACAAUCCAGUUUGCAUGUAAUGCUCUUGGUGUGGAAAGGUUGACAUCAUCAGGCAGGUUCUUGAGGCUGGUUGCAGUGAUACCAUCCAUACAGCCACAGCUUUGCACUGGGAA